UCCCUCCUGUCCUGUGGUGCAUUUCUGCUGUGACAAAUGCUCAAUGCAUUAUGGGAAAUGCAGUGUGGGUGUUCACACCAGUCACAGCCUGAGAUACCUCCAGGAUAUCCUUCAGGACUCCAGGACCCUCACUGUCCAGCUGCUGGUAGAUCCCAGGCAGGGCCUGCACGCCGUACAGGUGGAACAGAAGACCAAGGCUGUCCAGUCAGAGGUCAAAGCCAUCAUGGAGCGUUAUAAGGCAGUCCUGGAGGAACGAGAGAUGGAGUGGUGGCAGAAAACCACAGAGCUGAAGACCCUCAGGGGGCUGUUGCUGCCGCAGGACACUGACAGCAACAUGUUCACCACCGCUGACCACAACCAGAUUCUACUUGCCAUCCAGUCCCUGGGGCCUGGUCAGCUCCAGGGCGUUCGCCCCCUCUCCGAGGCCCAGGGAGAGGGUGUGAAUCGGGGCUUGCAGGGCAGGCGCGCGUCUCUCAGUGUGUCAGGGUAUGAUCAUUACGGAGAGCCCAGGCGGUCCGGGGGGGAUUUAGUGUCGGCGGUGGUGAUUGCGCCCAACGGUAACUGACUGACUGCUGAGGUGUCCGACCACCAGAAUGGGUCGUACACAGUCUGCUACCUCCCUGAAGCAGAGGGAGGACAUCUGGUGUCUGUGCUCGUGGGCAGCCCUUUCAAAGUGCUCGUCAAGUCCUGCCGCAGCUACGGCCAGACCCCCCCCCCCCGCUUGGCCUCGUUUGGACUGGAGGGGGACGGGGACGGGCAGCUCUGUCGCCCCUGGGGUGUGUGUGUGGACGAGGGGGGCUACAUAAUCGUAGCUGACCGUAGCAACAACCGGGUGCAGGUCUUCAGGCUGUGUUGCUCCUUCCAUCACAGGUCUGGUUCCCUGGGCUGUAGACCCGGUCAGUUCCACCGACCGGCUGGUGUGGCCUGUGAUGGCCAGAGGAGAAUCAUUGUGGCUGACAACCACCGCAUACAAAUAUUUACCUUCAAAGGCCAGUUUUUUCUCCAGUUUGGGGAUAAGGGAACCGAGAAUGGUCUAUUCAACUACCCUUGGGAUGUGGCGGUCCGCUCGGAGGGAAAGAUCCUCGUCUCUGACACCCGGAACCAUCGCAUCCAGCUGUUCAGGGAGGACGGCAUCUUCCUCAACAAGUACGGCUUCAGGGGAUCGCUAUGGGAACACUUCGACUCCCCCAGGGGUGUGGUCUUCACUCGUGGACAUCUAGUGGUGACAGACUUCAACAACCACCGCGUGCUAAAUCCGGACUGCCAGUCAGCUCACUUCCUGGGAUCAGAAGGUGCUAGUAGUGGUCAGUUUCUGCAGCCACAGGGUGUAGCAUUGGACCAGGAGGGACGCAUUGUGGUGGCCGACUCCUGGAACCACCGGAUCCAGGUGUUCCAACCCAUGUGCAAGUUUGGGUCUCAGGGUAGCAGCUUGGGACAGAUGGCCCAGCCGUCCUUCUUGGCUGUAACGCCUGAUGGAAGGAUUGUUGUAGCGGACUUUGGAAACAACAGAAUCCUUAUUUUCUAGUCUAUGCUAGUUUUCAAAGGGAUUUUUUUUCCUGAUACGCAUCAAAAUGAUUUCCUUAUAGUAGCACUACUGUGCUGGCAAUAUAUUCUUCUAAUGAUUUUCUCUGGGAAUUUUUUGCAUUCCAGGAAUAUUUACUCUGUAUCAUACCUACCAUAUUUAUCUUUGUGUGAAUGUAAUUAUUUUUUGGUGUAAGGGUUUAGCCAGUAACAUUUUGAUUAAAAUCAGUCUACCUCAAUGCUAGAGAAAAGCUGUGUUUAACAUUUAUAUAUAUUUAAAAUCUUAUUUGCACUGCCAGGGCAAAUGGUCUAUAAUUAUGAAUGUUUACAAAAACGAAUGAAUCUGAGAAUGUAGUUAAAUAUUAAAAUGCUACAUUCAAAGCAGAAUCGUGGGGGGAAAAGACAUAAUAUACCUAGUUACUAUUCUUUUUCCAUCAGCUACCUGCCUCCAUACCUCAGUAAAACCAUUUCCCCUCAUGUUACGACCACACAGUACCUAAGAACCCCAGUUCCCUUACAUGGCAACCUACUUCCAGAUAAUCCUUAGUAUCAGGCUUCUUUUGACAAUGACCCAAUGAGCCCAGGUCACAAAUGGUGCCCUCAAUAGGGAAUCAUUUCACAUUCAAUUCCCUAAGUGGACCAUUGCUACAAUAUGGCCACUGCCAGUUUGUUAUGGAACAUAAGUGCUAGUUCUGUCAGUGAAGUAAAUGUACCCUUAAAAAUAUAAAUAAAAGAUUGACCAUGUGAAA